UAGCCAAAACAGCUUGUGCCAAUGAGGCAUGAGGUAGCCGUUGGUUGUUAGUAAGUACUAGUUGAGACUCUCACCUGCAGCCUGGAUGUGUAAUGACCUACUGCACUUCGGAGGUAGCCCUACGUGUUCGGCCCAUGAACCAUGAAGAGUUCAAAAUGGGUGCCAAAGUCACUGCUCGCACAGUUGAUAGUAAUCUUGUGGUAAUUUUAGAUCCAACAGUUGAUCCUGAUGAUAUUCUGCGUGCCAAUCGCUCUCGAGAAAAGCAGUACAUAUUUGACUAUGCUUUUGACCAGAUGGCUACACAAGAUGAGGUAUAUGAAGCUACAAUGAAAAGGUUUGUGUGUGACAUUUUGUCCGGCUUUAAUGUGACAGUUUUUGCCUAUGGACCAACAGGGGCUGGAAAAACUUACACAAUGUUGGGUACUCCUAACAGUCCUGGAAUCAUGGUUCUUACUCUCAAUGAUUUGUUUUUUAAAAUGAAAGCUACUGAAAAUGAUGUGAUUUACAGUGUCACAAUGUCUUAUAUGGAAAUUUACAACGAAAUGAUCAGAGAUCUUUUGGAUCCAAAGAGAGGAAUUCUUGAGCUUCGAGAAGAUGUAAAUGGAGAGACUGUAGUGGCUGGUCUUUCAGAGAUUGAAGCUACAUCAACAGUACAAGUAAUGGAUCUCUUAAGCAAAGGAAACAUGUGUCGAACAUGUGAACCAACUGCUGCAAAUAAAACAUCAUCCCGUUCUCAUGCUAUAUUAAAAGUAGUAGUUCGUUCAAGGAGUCGUGUGAUGGAUGUUAGUCAGGAUAUACACAUUGGCUGCUUGUUUAUGGUUGAUCUUGCUGGGUCUGAAAGAGCAUCUGUUACUAAAAAUAGAGGCAAAAGAAUGGUUGAAGGUGCACAUAUCAAUCGUUCACUCCUUGCUCUGGGAAAUGUCAUAAAUGCUUUAGCUGCUGGCCAUGAUAAAGUCUCUUAUGUUAAUUUUCGGGACAGUAAAUUGACAAGAAUAUUGAAGGACUCACUGGGAGGGAAUGCUAAAACUGUAAUGAUUGCUCACAUUAGUCCUGCAAGUACAUCUUUUGAAGAAUCAAGAAAUACUUUAAAGUAUGCUGCAAGAUCAAGGAAUAUUAAAACAAAGAUUCAUCAGAAUGUUUUGGAAGUUCAUUACCAUGUUCUUCAGUACAAUGACAUUAUCACACAAUUAAAGUACAAGAUAGCAACUCUGCAGGACAAAGUCAAACAUUGCCAUUGUUCAAGAAAACCUAUGGUACCUCAUGAGCUUAAGAUGUUACUUUCUGAUCAUCUAGAAAUACAGCAGUCAUUAUCUUCUAUUAACUUGCACUCACUACAAAAUACAAUUGAUGCUAUGAAACUUUCAUCAGUUAUUUCUGAAUAUGAUUUUAGCAUCACAUCAGUAGGUAGAACAAGUCUUGAUGCAGAUGCAAAAUUUCACUGCCUAUGUGAUGGUAAAGAUAUAUCUCAAGCAAGAGUGGAGUUGGCUACCUUAAACAAAAAAGGAAUGGAAAUGGAAGGAUGCAAGAGAGAAUUAAAGAAACAACUUGCUGUAUUAGAUGCUCAGUUGGUAAAAUUUAAGGAAAAUAUGAAGAGUAUGCCAGUACAGUACCAACAACACUUGCAGUAUGUCCUUACUGGUCAUCAUUUACAACAUCUUAAACUUAAUCAUGAAUUGGAUACAGAAUUACUAUCAAUGAAACAAGUAAUGUAUAACGAUGUGAUAGCAGAACUUCAGAGACAUAGUUCAUCUGCUUUUCAAUUAGCUGAAAGGCAAUCUUUAUUACUUAAAGAAAAUAACAUAUCUGUUCCAGAAGAGUUGUGUGACAAACUUCAAGAUUUAAAAAUAAAGAAAAAAGUACUUGAUCAACAAAUGGAAAGCAAUCAUCAAAGAUUUGGCUCUGAUGAAAAAACAGCAUUAAUGCGUCAUUCUGGUUACACUGACCUAACGGAAACUGAACGAGAUUUCAGUAGAGCAAGGAGUAAUUUAUCUGUAUGUGAUGUAGCAUUGAAAACCGAGAGUAUUGGUUUACCAAGUAUUCUACCACAAUCAACUACCUCAUUGGGAAGAACACGAUGGGCUGAUCCUGAAAUACAAGUUCCAGUUGAAAUUACAUCUUCAUUUCCUGCUUUGUCUCCAGUUAAUUUGUCUAAUUCAAAAUCACUGCCUCUGCCUAGAUCUGUUCAUUCUUUACCUGCCCUUAUUCCUGGAAACCAGUUGCAUCCAUCACCUCAUGAUGAUUUUUCUAACAAAACAGUCCUACUUAGUGUCCCUCGAGUCUUAACCAAGCAGAAGAAUAAUGAGAAAAAUGAUGACACUACUUUUGUUGAUGUGGAGAGUACUUCUAUGUCUUCAUUAAGCACAGGAAAGUCUCAAACAUUGACAAAAGCAUCAAAACCCUCAGCUCAAAAUUACAAAAGAGGUAUCCAAAAUCAACAUUGUGCUAAAUUGAAGGGAUCAAAAGGAGUGAUUCCACAUGAUUCUACUAAGCAAUUGAAGGUUAAAAAUGCUCAAAAGAGAACAUCUCUUUUGCCUGCAAGCCAUCAACGAGCUAGACUGGGUCAGAGCAAGAGUGUCUUAGUACCUCAUAAAGUUGUGGCUGAUGGAAAGAAACUGCAGCAUGGAACUUCACCAUACCGAAGUUUGGUAUCUCUUAAACCAAAGAAAAGUGUGACAAGUCAAAGGAAAUGAAGUUUUUUGCAAAAUAAUGUUUUUUAUUACUUUCAAAUCUUGAAUCAAUGAUUAUGUUUAUAAUAAUUUUUUUUGGAAUUAAAAUUGACAAAGUU